GUGGCCACACAGGCGUUCCACCUCGAAGUGGUCGAAGUGAAGCACAAGCCCUCCACGCGCGCCACUCAGACCAUGACCUACGAGGUCCUGUGUCGCCUGGCCACUUUCACCGGCUCGCUGCCCGACGAAGGGGACUUUGGGAACAGCUACCCGUGGGUGCUGUCGCACGACUCGCCCGAGGGCGAGGAGGCCACGCGCGGGUACGACGACGUCAAGUACUUCCUGUGGGACACCCCGCCCUACGAGAACAUCGACACGCUGGCCAUCGCCCGCAUCAACAAGUUCGUCGUCAACGGCCGCGACGAGACGGCCGGCGACUCAGCCGACGAUAACGAAGGUGGUGGCCAGGGCCAGGGAGACGACGAUGCGAAGCCGGCGAGUGUGGAGGAGAAUGAGGAGAUGGUCAAGGAGGCGGAGAAGCAGGGCAGGAACGUGCUAAUCAAGCUCAACGUGAAGAUCCGAACGAAGAGCCAGUUCUUCGGAGCGCCAACGGAGGCCACUGCAGACCGCCAACAGGAACAGCAGCAGGCAGGGGAGGAGAAAGAAGAAGGCGAGGCAGCGGCCGAAGCGCGCCGCAGCUGCGUACCGCGUCAGCUGCUGCUCCAGAAGCGCUACACGGACCCGUUCACGUACACGAGAGUGCAGGAACUGCUCUACGACCUCAACGACAGCGUCAAGCGCGCCAAGUCCAGCGACAGCCUCCCGCUGGCUAUGAGGCUGCUGGAGGAUCCGUCGUCGUGGGCCAAGCCGGACGCUGCCGCGUCCGCCGAGGACAAGACGAGCGCGGCGGCCACGGGAGGUGAAGUGGGUCGUGACCAGCACGGGGAGGACGCGGUGCGCAGGGCGCUCUUCACCGGGGUCGGCGAGGGAGCGCACGAGCAGAGCGAAGCGGUCGAUGGUGGUGUCGGCUCGCAGCCCGCAGAGGCACCAUUGGCAGUGCUGGACGAGGAGGAGCUGAAGCCCCAGGCCGCGGCCAGCGCCACGAGCCGGCCCGUGGUGGGCUCGCUCGGCUUCUUCUCCGACACUUUCCUGCAGGCGACGCGGCAGGCCUAUCACGACUUCAAGGCCCACAGCCCCGACCGGUUCUCCAUGACCCAAUCACAGGAAGUACUGUUCGAGAGCGUGCUCAGGAAUAGGCUGCAGAUGGUGUGGGGACCGCCCGGCACGGGCAAGACCCAGUUCCUCGCCCUGCUGGUCCUGUGCCUGCUCGAGGCCCAUCGCCGGGUGGUGAGCCACGGGGUGCUGAACGUGGUGGUGACGGCCUACACCCACGUGGCGAUCGAGAACCUACUCAUCCGCGUGGCCGAGCUUCAGCACCUGGUGGCCUCCUCCGUGCCCGGCUACGAAGCCUUUGAACUCUACAAACUCGGCGAUGCGCUCAAGUUGCUGCGGAGCGAAGUGGCCGGCGUCAAGCUGCGCCGGCUGCCCAAGGGCAUGGAGGGAGAGGCGUUCACCACCAAGAUGCCCUCCCGCUGCGUCAUCGGCGGCACCGUGUGGGCCAUUCACAAGGCCUACCGCGGGCUGAAGGACGAGAUCGCGGUGCUGGUGAUGGACGAGGCCUCGCAGGUGCCGGUGGCCGAGGCCGCCAUUCCGCUGUCCCUCGUCCACUCGGCCCAGGGGCGGGUGGUGCUGGCCGGCGACAAUAAGCAACUGGGCACGAUUCUCGCCGGCACCUACCCACCGCCGACCGAUCAGUCCCCUCCGCUGCACCAGUCCAUCUUCAAGUGCCUCAAGCACUCGCUCAAGUGCAAGGGCCUGUUGGGGGACCACUUGGGUUCGCUGGAGGAGAACUUCAGGAUGAACGAGGACCUGUGCGAGCUGCCCCGUCAGCUCUACGGCUCCAACUACCGCCCCGUGGCGCGCAACAAGGACUGGAAGCUCACGGCCACGCCCACGCCCACGGCCCAGCAGCAGGGGGCAAGCGGCGACGAGGAGGAGGAGCAGAAGAGGACCCACCCGCUGCUCGGGCUGGCGCGGUCGGCGGUGCAGGACGAGCGAGCGAUCGUUGCGCUUCGACUUUAUUCUUCGCCGCCGUCAUUGUCGACGACGACGAAGACGGGCGAGUCGAGCGCGGAAGCGCUUUCGGUUGCGGUCGGGCUGGAGGAGAGGGAGGCGCAGAUCGUGGCGAUGCUCUCGCUCAUCUUGUGGAACCACAGCGGCUACGCGGACACCUCGCGCCGCAAUCAGAAGGCGUUCUGGAGGGAGAAGCUGUUCGUCGUCACUCCACGCCACGCUGGGUUCGACCUGGGCGCAGUGUUUGUCGAUACGGUGGAGAAGAUGCAGGGGCAGGAAUGCGACUGCGUGAUCGUCUGCUAUGGUGCGUGGACUGCGGACCAGCUUGCCGCCAACCCCGAGUUCGCCUACUCUCUCAACCGACUGAACGUUUCUAUCACGCGGGCGCGAAAGAAGUGCAUCCUGCUGCUCUCCGACGCCAUGCUGACCCCUACGGCCGCUGUGUUGGACGAUGCCCGGGCCAAGAAGGGCUUCUUCUACCUCAAGCAGCUCAUGCACCACGCCAAGGUGCUGGCGGUUGGCCACGACCAGUGA